AUGGACCCCGUCAUCAUAAUGCCGGAUGACGUAACUGAGGUGGUCCGUAGGGCCCUGAACUGGAAAAGUCCGGGACUCGACGGACUGCAUCACUACUGGCUGAAGGAGUUCGAGGUGUGUCACGCUGUGCUCGCCCGACAGUUUCAAGAGGCUUUCGACCAAAAGCCGCUCCCGAGCCUCUUCACUACUUGGAUCACUCAUUUGGUUCCUAAAGACCAGGAUUCCACAGAGCGGAGCAAGUACCGCCCCAUAACGUGUCUAUCUACCAUAUACAAUACACGUACAUCCAUUUUGAGCGCGAGAAUCACUCGUCACCUGAACUCAAAUCAGGUGAUGUCGCGCGCUCAAAAUGGAUGUCAGGGCGGUGGUCGUGGAACCAAGGAACCACUCCUCAUUGACGCGGUCAUUGGCAAGGUGCUUAAACGCAACCGUCGGAACCUCUCCGCCGCCUGGAUAGACUACAAAAAGGCUUUCGACUCGGUGCCCCAUACAUGGCUUAAGAGGGUCCUCGAGCUGUACAAGGUUAACUGUACAGUUCGAGACUUCCUCGGGCAGUGUAUGGGGCAGUGGAGUACGAUCCUUUGUCACCUAGGCCAGCGGAUGACGGCUGCGGAAAACCACAUAAGGAUAAGAAGGGGUAUCUUCCAGGGCGAUUGUUUGAGUCCAAUCUGGUUCUGCCUCUCUCUGAACCCUCUCAGUACCUUACUGGAGGGCUAUGGGAGGGGAUUUCAGCUUCAGAAAGGAGGUACAAAAGUGACCCACCUUUUCUACAUGGACGAUCUCAAGUUAUACGCCUCCAGUCGCUCCCACCUUAUGGAAUUGCUAAACAUCACGUGUGAUUUUAGCAAUUCUAUUGCCGUAUUAUAA